AAUAAUGAGUGUGAAGAGUACAUCCGAGUGGUGUUGUACUGGGUCCCACUGUAGUAUCUCAGCUGAUUAUGCAAAUCAAAACAUUGUGCUGCUGAAACCACUUUCUAAAAAGGGAAUUGAAAGUGGGUCACAUACUCUGCUGGAGAAAUGUCUAGUCAUACGAGCCCGGCGAAAUAUUUCCUCUCCGGAGGAUUCGGGGGAGUCUGCACGGUUAUCGUGGGGCAUCCACUGGAUACGAUCAAGGUGCGCCUACAGACGAUGCCACUGCCAGAAGCCGGCCAGUCACCACUCUAUGCGGGAACGUGGGACUGUGCCAAGAAGACAAUCCAGCGUGAGGGCUUCCGAGGCCUCUACAAGGGCAUGUCGGCACCAAUAAGUGGUGUUGCACCAAUAUUUGCCAUGAGUUUCUUUGGAUUUGGCCUGGGAAAGCGCCUGCAGCAGCGCACGGCGGAUGAGAAGCUAACAAAUGGCCAACUUUUUCUUGCCGGUGCCUUCUCCGGGGUAUUCACGACGAGUAUAAUGGCCCCCGGGGAGCGUAUCAAGUGCCUCUUGCAAAUUCAGCAGGGUGGCAAUCAACCACAGAAGUACAAUGGGAUGGUUGAUUGUGCCAAGCAGCUGUACAAGGAGGGUGGAAUAAGGAGUAUCUACAAGGGAUCCUUUGCCACACUCUUGCGUGAUGUUCCGGCUAGUGGACUCUACUACCUCACAUAUGAAUUUACAAAGGAUAGAAUUGGUGCAAAAAUGGGUACAGAAGGUGGUGUUGGAUUGCUGGGAACAAUCUUUGCCGGUGGAAUGGCUGGAAUUGCCAAUUGGGCAAUUGGAAUGCCGGCUGAUGUGCUGAAGAGUCGCCUCCAGACAGCACCCGAGGGAACGUACAAGAAUGGCAUUAGGGACGUGUUUGCUGAACUGAUGAAACGCGAAGGCCCCCUUGCUCUCUAUAAAGGUGUAACACCUGUAAUGCUACGAGCUUUCCCCGCAAAUGCGGCCUGUUUCAUUGGUUUUGAAGCUUUCAUGAAGUUCCUCAACUUUGUGGCGCCCAAUUUAUAGUGUGGAACGUCUCCACCUUUCAUCCAUAUUCUGCAUGAACUGAGAGAGUCAAGGUAGGUUUUAGGUGCAAAAAAAAUUCUUUUUUUAUUUUAAAAAGUGAAGAAAAUGCGAUUUUUUUCUAUAAAUUCUUUUUUAUUGUAUUAUCUCGUUAUCAAUUUAGUGGAGGAAUAAAAAAUAUUUCAGUUUUUGUACAGA